AUGGUUGCUUGGCAGAAGGAUGAUGGGGCAAAGCGGCUGCUGCAGCUGAUUCUCCUCCACACAGCUUGGGAGGUGGGGAGCGGCCAGCUCCAUUAUUCCGUGCCUGAGGAAUCCCAGCACGGCACCUUUGUGGGCCGCAUCGCCCAAGACCUGGGGCUGGAGGUGAGUGAGCUGGUGCCUCGGAUGUUCCGGAUGGUCUCCAAGGGACAGGAAGAGCAUUUUCAGGUAAAUGUGCAGAAUGGGGUUCUGUUUGUUAAUUCCAGGAUAGACAGGGAAGAGCUGUGUGCCAAGAAUAUGGAUUGUGCCAUUCACCUGGAGGUGAUUGUGGAUAAACCCCUGAGGGUCUUCCAUGUGGAGGUGGAGAUCAAGGACAUAAAUGACAAUGCUCCUGUGUUUUCAGUACAUGAACAGAUUCUAGCCAUUUCAGAAUAUAGGCUGAUAGGUUCUCGUUUCCUACUAUCCAGUGCCUCUGAUGCAGAUAUAGGUGUCAAUGCCCUAAUAACCUAUAAACUCAGCCCAAAUGAUUACUUCAUUCUGGAUUCAGGAAGUGAAGAGGACCAGAGUAAAUCGCCAGUACUUGUAUUAAAAGCUCCACUAGACAGGGAAAAAGACCCUCUGCAUCGUUUAUUGCUCACAGCCACUGACGGAGGCAAGCCACAGCUCUCGGGCACAGUCCAGCUGGUGAUCAGUGUGCUGGAUGCAAACGACAACCCCCCUGUCUUUAACCAGUCGGUUUACAGGGUAAAGCUGCUGGAAAAUGCAGCCAAUGGGACGUUGGUUAUUAAACUGAAUGCAUAUGAUGUAGAUGAAGGAAUCAAUAAAGAGAUCUCCUAUUUCUUUAGUAAUAAUGUACCAUCAAGUUUCACUAAGGUGUUUAGCAUCAAUUCCAACACUGGAGAACUUAGAGUGUUUGGCGAGGUGGAUUUUGAGGAUGUUAAUUUGUAUGAUCUUCAAAUUGUGGUUGAAGACAAAGGAAUCCCUCCUUUGUCUGGACAUUGCAAAGUUCACAUUGAAGUACUGGAUAUGAAUGAUAAUGCCCCAGAAAUGACAGUAUCCUCCCUUUCAGUGCCUGUGCCUGAGAACUCUCCCCCGGGGACAGUGGUGGCCCUCAUCAGUAUCUCAGACAGGGACUCUGGGGCCAAUGGGCAAGUGAUCUGUUCAGUAUGGCCCUCUGGACUCCCCUUCAAGCUGACAUCCACCUUCAAGAAUUACUACUCACUCGUACUGGCUGAACCACUGGACAGGGAGCAAGUGGCUGAGUAUAGUUUGGUGGUGGUAGCCCAAGACCAAGGGGACACCCCACUGUCAGCCAGCAGCAGUCUGGUAGUGCCAAUCAGUGAUGUGAACGACAACGCACCCACUUUUGCACAGCCCUCCUAUACUGUUUUUGUGAAGGAGAACAAUCCUCCAGGUGCCCACAUCUUCACAGUGUCUGCCUUGGACCCAGAUGUGGCGGAGAACGCCUUGGUCAGCUACUGGCUGGAUGAGAAGCAAUGGCCGCUGUCGAGCUACAUCUCAGUGCAUUCGGAGAGUGGGAAGCUGUAUGCCCUGCAGCCCUUGGAUUACGAGAAGGUGAAGCUGCUGGAGUUCCAGGUGAGGGCCAAGGAUGCUGGGCUGCCCUCCCUGUGUGGCAACGUGACCGUCCAGGUCUUUGUGUUGGAUGAGAAUGACAAUGCACCUGCAGUGUCUGGUCCAGCAGCGGAUACCCCCAGUCUGCUGAAGGUUCCAGUGGCAGCUGGGUAUGUGGUGGGCAAGAUCCAUGCCCUGGAUUCUGAUUCCGGCUACAAUGCCUGGCUUCGCUACGAGUUGUAUGAUGCAACCAGCAGCCCCUGGCGGGUGGGGCUUUACAGUGGUGAGAUCAGUACCGCGCGUGCUUUGGAGGAGGCAGAGGGCAGCAACAUCCAGAGUCUGCUGGUUCUGGUGAAGGAUCAUGGCAAGAUGGUACUGUCAACUACAGCCACCUUCAGUGUGUCACUGGUGGCCAGCGCCCAGGCUGCCCAGACUGAUGCCCGCCUCUCUAGGAUGGGAGGGAGUGCAAAGCCCCUGGCAGACACUGCUAAUCUCUACCUGAUCAUUGCCAUCUGCUCAGUGUCCAGCUUGUUCCUGCUGGUGAUCCUCGUGUAUGUGGCACUGCGAUGCCAGAGCCAGGCCAAGGAGGCAAUGAUGUAUGGUCCUGGCACAGCCACGCUGGUGUGUGCCAGUGAAGUGGGCAGCUGGUCGUAUUCCAAUCGCCACAGCCACAUCCUGGCAGGGGUGAGUGGGGAAGCUGGUGCCAAAAGUGACCUCAUGGUUUUCAGCCCCAACAUUCCUGUUUUCGGCGAGAGUGGGAAGGAGCUGGUCCCGAAUGCUGCUGGGCAGGCAGUUUACCGCUACCAAUUGCAAAGAAUUCCGAUUAAUAAGAAUCGGGUGUCGUAA